GGUGCGUUCCAUGCCAUAAAAACCAUCAAUUUUUAUUCCUGUAAUCCUGUGGAUGGCUUGUGCUUCCUUCUUCCUUAUCCUAAAAAAAGCAACAAAAUAGUAGAAGAAACAGAGACUUCCUUGACACCAGCAAACAUUCUUGAACAAGUUAAAGCACCAAACCCGGGAGAAGCAGUGAAGAACACAAAACCAAAAGAGCCUCUUCAAAGGGAAAUGUUGCGGAAUCCAGAAGUAUUUCAGUCCUCCAUUAAACUCCAUCUUCCAAUACCACCAACACACCCUUCACAGAUCCAAAACAUACCCAGUUCUCCAUCAUCUACCGUGAUCAAGCAAUGCUGCAAACUAUCGCGACGAAAGCUUGCCAUCUUUGGCAACUCUUCAUUGCUUCUUCUUCUAAGCUCUCAAACCUUAGAGCCACUCAAUAUGUCCAAAGCAAAAGCCGAAGAAGCUUUGCCAGAUGCCAACGAAAAUGAUCCACAAGAAGAAAAUAAUACAAGCACUAGACCAGAGUGCAGCAAUAAAACUACAACAACUCGAGCAUUUCUUGAUGUAUCAAUUGAUGGAGAACCUGUUGGCCGCAUUGUUGUUGGACUAUAUGGAGGGGAUGUCCCAGCUGGAGCUGCUAGGUUUAGCGAUCUUGUAAGAGGAGCUGCUGGUGUUAGUUACAGAAGAAAAGAAUUCAUCAAAAUCACGCCAAACUAUGUGCAGCAUGGUGGGGUAAGGUCAUAUGGUGUGGAUGCUGAGCUUGCGCAGAGAACGGGAAGCAACUUGGCAGCGGAAAGUCUAGUAGAUGAAUGGGAGAGGGAGUAUGAAACCUGUCCAGGUAUCAAGAAUCUGGCUGGAACUGUAAGCAUCAUUGUAAGGGAUCCUUCUAAACCGCCUCCAAAGUUGAAGUUGGUCGCAAGGAAAGGAAAGCUUGAGAUCGAUCAAGAGGAAGUUGGGACUGACCCCAACGGUACGGAGUUUGUGAUAGCCACUAAGGAUUCACCAGAGCUGGAUGCCUCGUCUCUGGUAGUUGGAAGAGUAUUGGAAGGGUUGGAGGUUGUAGAGAAGAUUGGACAGGUGAAGACCGUGCAGGAGAAUACCAGAUCUCCUUAUUUCAGAGUUGCAAAGCUGAUAGGGGACAAGAGAGCUGUGGUUGCAGAAAGAGGCUUUAACCGACCGUAUUCUAAAGUGGUGGUCACUAAUUGCGGCUUGGAGUAACACCAAAUGUUAGUUGCAUCCCUUUUUCUGUUGAUUUAUUUUUUAAAUGAUGGGAUCACAAAUUUUGUGAGAAAAAAACUCUAUUGCUAUUCCUCACAACAAUCUCAUUAUAUCUCUGAAAGCA